CCCUCGGCGUGAUUUCCACCCCCUCUCAUCCCAAUUGGUUCCAACCACAGUGCCGAAGCCGGCGCAGAGAGAGAAUUCGACGAGCGAUCCACCGCCAUGUAUCGCCAAGCCUCGCGUCUUCUGAUCCGCGCUUUGGGUGGCGGCCGGCCGGUCGGCCGGGCCUUCUCGACCGACGCCCCGGCGGUGCCGGUGGAGGACUCAACGUUCGUGGAGGCGUGGAAGAAGGUGGCCCCCAACCUCGAACCGCCGAAGACGCCGCUCUCCUUCAUGAAGCCUCGCCCGCCCACCCCCUCUUCCAUCCCCUCCAAGCUCACCGUCAACUUCGUCCUCCCCUACCAAUCCGAGAUCUCCAACAAAGAGGUUGACAUGAUCAUUGUACCAGCAACAACAGGACAAAUGGGUGUUUUGCCUGGACAUGUUGCCACCAUUGCAGAGCUCAAACCAGGGGUUCUUUCCGUGCAUGAUGGGAAUGAAGUGACCAAGUAUUUUGUCAGCAGUGGAUUUGCAUUCAUCCAUGCAAACUCCAUCACUGAUGUAGUAGCUGUUGAGGCUGUUCCUGUUGACCAUAUUGAUCCGAGCCUGGUCCAGAAGGGACUUGCUGACUUUACGCAGAAGCUUAGCUCAGCUGCAACAGACUUGGAAAAGGCUGAAGCGCAGAUUGGGGUCGAUGUUCAUAGUGCACUCAAUGCUGCACUCUCGGGUUGACUGACGGAUGAUGUACCUAUCAGGAGGGAUUCCCUUGCGCAAAAGAAGGGGCAGGGUGGGGGGUUGGGGAAGUGUGAUUUAAUAAAUCUCUUCGUUUCAACUGAAUUUAUACUUCAAUAUUGUUAGUACCUUAUUGUCUUGAUGAAUUUUGUAAUUGCAGACUCCCUUCUGGCUGAGUUGUGUAAUUGUCAUGCAAUGUUAUUGCUUGGUUGGGACUUCAGUGCUGCUGAUUUAGCAGGAUUUCUGAUUGUUGUUUACAAUGAAAUCCUGAUAUCCAA